AUGACUAGCAAGAGAAGAAACAAUGGACGUAACCAACACGGACGUGGACACACCAAGUUUGUCCGUUGCAUCAACUGCUACCGCUGUGUCCCCAAGGACAAGGCCAUUAAGCGUUUCACCAUUCGUAACAUGGUAGAAACUGCUGCCAUUCGUGAUAUUCAGGAAGCUUCUGUCUACGAAGAAUAUGCUAUUCCUAAGCUCUACGUCAAGCUUCACUACUGUGUCUCUUGCGCUAUUCACGCUCGUAUCGUCCGUGUUCGUUCUCGCACCGAGCGUCGCAACAGACUUCCUCCUCCUAGAUUCAGAUUCCAAAAGACCGCCAACAAGGCUUAA